AUUAUGAAAUACAGUAAAAAAAUAGUAGAAAGGACGAAAGCAUUUGCUUGCCCUUUGUGGAGGAUAGCGAAUCAGCGAGAAGAUAUGGGCGACGAUCAUAUCGUGAAGUUCGUAGAGAUUUAUGUGGAGAACAAGGGCUACAGGCAAGCGGAGCUCGCUUUCCAAGAGGAUCUCCUUAAAAGCAACAGCCGCACCGCCACCACCACCGACAACUCUGGCGAUCUUCACUCGGAUCCCGAAUUAUCCAUGCUCAUCCUCUCAUUUUUACGCUUGGUGACAUUGAUGAUAGCCCGAGUUACUUUGUGUGUUUUAUCCGAUAUUUGUCCAUUGUUUUAUGGACCUGGUGGCGAAACGACACAUUUCAAGAGAGUAUAGUUGAGUAGAAACUUCUUCAGUAGGUUUCGUGGACUCAUGAGAUCUUCAGAAGUUGGAAGCAGUUCUUUUACCCUCCCAUCUUGAGGUUAUACGCUCCUGUUCAUUAGAUGUGGGACUGCCUGUUCAGAUAUCUCGUGGUCAAACUCUUAAUCAGGAGAUGGAGUUUGCUCACUCUUAGGCAAAGCAGUGUCAACAUAAAGCUGUGUCAGCACUCUUCUAAGCUUAUGCUCCAAUAUCUGCACAAGUCAGAAUCCACAACAAUGCUUGGGAUUAUCAAUGAGCAUAUCAAUUUCCAAGGUAGAACUGCUUGCCUAUAUGUUCACAUGUCCUGGCGUGCAUUUUGUAAUGGGUUGUAUCUUUCUGCGAUGUGCUAUUCAUUGUCUUCAAUUUCUUGGCAUUUCUCCUGAUCUGUUUGAUAUCUGAUGAUGCCGAGGCUGUUACACUUAUUGGAAAAGCCCGGAUGUAGCUAAUCAGAAAUAAAUAUGUUGGGGUCUAUCAGAUCUUUCUUCUGAUUCACCCAAGAGAGUUUUGGGCAAUCGGGAAGUCGUCUCAUAGUUAUUAGCACGUGAAGUUGUGAACAAUCCUAUGAAGAUAUUGGGCCAGAAGAGUCCAAUUAUUUCGGAUGGAAUAGCGGGCCCAUAAAAUGGGUCAAAUCCGGUCCUGAAUCUUAAUCAGCCCAGUAAGAUUGGGCAUGGGCCCGAGAGUCUCGCACCGAUUUCAAAGCAAGAAAAUACAGUAAAAAAGAGAGUAGAACGGACGGAAGCAUUUGUUUGCCCUUUGUGGAGGAAUUGCGAAUCAGAGCGAAGGAGAUAUGAGCGACGAUCUUAUCGUUAAGUUCGUAGAGAUUUAUAUGGAGAACAAGGGCUUCAGGCAAGCGGAGCUCGCUUUCCAAGAGUAUCUCCUUAAAAUCAACAGCAGCACCGCCGCCACGACCAACAACCCUCGCGAUCUACACCCGGAUCCCGAAUUCUCCAUGCGCAUCCUCUCAUUUUCACGACUUUUGCAGGUGUAUCUGAUCCUUCCUCUGAUUCAUCUGAGAGAGUAUUUAGAGCUUACAUGGAUGACAUUGAAGGCUGAAGAUGAUGAUUCUCAACGUGGAAACGUUUUUAGUGCUAAUGAUGGGGAAAAGGUCAUACACCAUUUCAGGAUCAUUCAGGGCUUGUUUAUUCAGCCAGUUUUUACCCUCUUGGAGAUUUUGUUCUUUCCUCUUCAGCAGACGCAAAUUAUGAAAAUAGGCAACUGUCAACGUCCAUCAAUGGUGACUAGACUCUACCUAGUUUUGCUAAUGCGGCCAAGGUUGGUUACGUCUGUCUCUACAUUGGACGUUUAGGUAUAAAAUUGAACUCCCUUGUUUAGUUAAUGAUGUGAAGUUCUCAAAUAUGCUUCGUCUCUCUCUCACAACACGCAAAAUCAACAACCAUACCUGGGCAGAUGCUGGCACAACGUGCUUAUUAUAUAUCUUGUAUUCUUCUCCUCUUCUCCCGUUUUGGGUUUGUUUGUUAUAAACCACCAAGGUAUGCUGUAGAACCAUUCAGAGGACUUGGAGGUGGCAGCCCAAAUAUUCAACUUCAACGGUACCAAUUUUCUCCUGUUAUAUCUAUAAAAAAAAACAUUCUCCUGUUUUA